AUGACAAUAGGGACAUGGAAUGUCAGGACCCUCCUGGACGUGAACAAUUACAGGCCAGAGAGAAGAACCGCUCUUAUCACCCAAGAACUAGCCCGGCUAGAUAUAGACAUAGCUGCCUUGAGUGAGACAAGACUCUCAGGUGAGGGACACAUUAGUGAGGUACGUUCAGGGUACACCAUCUUCUGGAAGGGAAUGGAUGCAGGAGAACCACGUAUCCAUGGUGCAGGAUUUUCCGUAAAAACGAAAAUAGUGAAAGAUCUUCGACUUACGCCUGUCUCAAUUAAUGAAAGACUGAUGACUCUUAGAGUACCGAUUGGUUCAGACAGAGUCAUCACCUUCGUCUCUGCAUAUGCUCCUACUUUAGACAGUGAUGAAGACACAAAGAAUCAGUUCUACCACCAACUGAACAGUACUCUCUCUAAAAUACCCAUUCAAGAUAAAUUAAUUUUACUUGGUGAUUUCAAUGCCAGAGUGGGAAGGGACAACCGUUUUUGGAGAGACGUCAUGGGUAAACAAGGGGUCGGAAACUGCUAUGCAAAUGGGUUGUUACUUCUUGGUCUAUGUGUUGAGCACGAGCUUUUCAUCUCCAAUACCCAAUUCCGCUUCCCUAACCGCUAUAAGACCACAUUGAUGCACCCACGCUCCAAACAUUGGCAUCUUAUAGACUACGUUAUUACGCGACAGCGUGACAAGAAAGACAUUCUCAUCACAAAAGCAGCACUAAACAUCGAUGAGUGCUGGACUGACCAUAGACUUUUAAUCAGCCGUUUGAGAGUACCAAAGUAUCGCAAGCCACGAUCCCACUUUUCAGACCUACCACGCAGAAAAUUCAACAUAAGCAACCUGAACAACAAAAACGUUCGCUCACACUUCCAAGACAUACUGUCUGAACAACUUAACAAAGCUCCAACAACCACAGAUGACGUCGAACGAGAAUGGACCACAUUAAAGAACAUCAUCAAAGAAACUGCUGAGAAUGUUGUUGGUUUCAGUGCACGGAAAAGAAGUGACUGGUUUGAUGAUAACCAUGGAGAAAUCCAAGCCAUCAUCAAUGCAAAGCGGGAUGCUUACCUAUUCCUUGCUCAAGAUCCGUCCUGCGCAGAAAAGAAAGCACACUUUCAAGAACUCAAGCAGAAAUGUCAAAGUGAAAUACAAGUAAUCAAGAACAAAUGGUGGCAACAGAAAGCCACAGAACUCCAUAAUCUUUCCGAUGCAAGGAACCUGCGUGGCUUCUACGCCUUUAUUAAAGAGCUGUAUGGACCUAUCCGUUCCUCAUCAGGAACACUGAAAGCUGCUGACAACUCCACCAUUCUUACUGAAAGAAAGAAAAUGACUGAGCAGGAUAAGAGUAGCAUAGCGGGGAAAGCUAAGGGUGAUACUGAGCAGGUUAUUAAAAUGGAUAGAAUAAAUAGGGAUUUAGACAGUGCAGAAAUGUUUAGCUCAGAUCUGCAUUCAAUGAGAAUUUUAUUGGCAGGUGAUAGCCAAGUAGAGACCGAACAGACAAAUGAGUUGCCACUAAACUUGAGUGAUUCUAUCUCUGAAGGGGUUGAGGAAGAAAUCAGUAAAGAUAUUAAGCAAGGAAAUGAACAAGCAAGCUCCAGUGUUGCAUUGGAAGUGUCGAAUUUGCCUGAGGAGGUGAAGAGUGACAUCCCUGAGCAGUUCGCCCUGCAAUUGGAGCAGCAAGUAGACAUUAAACUACGACAAGUAGUAGAUAAAGUUGGUACUGAGCUGGACCAAGUGAAGAAGGCAUGUGCUAAAGAGCACAAGGAGGGAGUAAGUAUGGAAUCUGGCAACAUAUUAAUGUUUGCAAUAGCGGAACCAUUAGAGGGAGGUGUCAGCAGUGAAGAGCGAGUGAGCGGCAUUGUUUCUGAGUUCAUGUUUGAUGGAGAUAAGCAACAUGGACAACCCUUAGGGUUAAGCGGCGGAGAAGUUGAGCUCCUCGAAUCUCGCGCUGAAUGGGCAGAAGCUGAGCGUAUGUGCAAACUGUCGCUUCACGACAGAUUGCUUGAAGGUUCUUCGGGUUGGCAGGUAGGUAGAUAUUAUAAAAGAAAAACCCAGAAAGCAAAAUGGAUGCAAGAGGAACUUUGUAAGGCCAUCAAAUCUGGAAGAAAAAUAAGAGAAGUGUGA